GAGGACAACGGCUGGUGUAUUGGGGACUGAUAUUGACUGGUGUCUCUGGUGGUGGUGGUGUUGGGGUUAGGUCAGAGUUGUUCCUUCUUCAGUUGUCGAACUGCUACUCCUCCUCCGAUCUCUUCGAAUCUCAACCUGCAUUGCUCUUCGCUUUCGAUCUGCGUUACCCCGCGGGUAAUGUGGUGAGGUGAGCGUCUUCCGGCGACAAUGGACAAUAUC